ACAUCAGUGUAAAGUCACAUCAAAAUUGUGGGUUUACUUGAUCCAAACCCCUUUCACACUUGGAACAAAAACGAGAUAAUUGGGAUUGAGAUAUUAAUCCAUCCAAUGAAAUUGCCAAUCAUAAUAUUUGUGGGCCCUAAAUGGAAUAUAGGUAGGCCCACCCCAUAAUCCGCAGACUCGUCCACAGAAAUUUUCUCCAGGAACUUCUCUCUCCUCUACCUUGCUAUUUUACAUUCUCCACUCCAACCCCUCACCUUCGUGUGAUUAGCCGAGUGUAAUCGACUAAUUACCUUGUGAUGGCUAAGAUGUGUAAUAUGGUGGCACCUUGGGGUUACUGACAAUGGACUUUGGAUUCUUGAGAAUUCCAUUGUUUGGUUUCAAUCCCAAAGGGGAUUCGGAUUUGACACUCGCAUCCACAAGUGCUCUCAUGGAGCAACCUAAACAGAAAACUAGUUUUGAGAUCAGGCUGUGGGGAUGGACUCUACUUUCAGUUCCUCCAAAGGCAGUGAAUGGUAGUGAUAAAAUUCGAGCUCCAACUACCAUAAACAAAGGAUUAAAAAGGCAUGCACGACAACAUGGGGUUAUUGAGCCUUGUAAUGAGGGUACCCCUAUCCGGUUUAGGCCAUAUGUUUGCAAGGUUCCAUGGCAUACUGGUGCUAGAGCCUUCCUUUCACAGUUAUUUCCUCGAUAUGGACAUUACUGUGGUCCUAACUGGUCAAGUGGGAAAGAUGGUGGAUCCCUUAUUUGGGACAGGAGGCCAAUUGAUUGGUUAGAUUUUUGCUGCUAUUGUCAUGAUAUUGGUUAUGAUACUCAUGAUCAAGAAAAGCUUCUGAAAGCUGAUUUAGCAUUUCUCGAGUGCUUGGAGAGGCCUCAUAUGAGCAUGAAAGGUGAUCCCCAUAUUGCUCAACUUUACAAGACAAUGUGCACCACAGGUCUCAAAAAUAUACUAAUACCAUAUAGAAGACACCUUGUGAAACUACAAUAUGGAAAACCUCUGAUUGAUUUUGGAUGGCUAAGUAAUGUAAGAAGAAGUUGGAAUUUUCAGAAAACAUGAAAGCAGAUGCUGCAACCUUGGUGAGCAAGUUGUUCAGAUGACCCCCAAUGUGGAAUGACAGUAGAUGGAUUUUUGAACCCUGUGCUGUCCUAUCCUAUGGUUCGUUGAUGUUGAGCUUUCAACUUUCCAGUGUCAGCAUCUUGGAUUAACUUAUUAUCAUGGUCUUAUUGGAAAAAUUGGGAUAUCCUGAUCUUAUCUGAAUUUUAAAACAACUGCUAUAUGAUGUAAAUAACUGUCGCCGCAUGUGAUGUUCAAACUGUGAAUGUUUUGCAAUUGACUUUGAUAAUAACAUUUGCCAUCAUCCUGAAUUUGUUUAUUGGCUGUAAAUAUAGAAUUUGGAUAUGGCUACUAAAAUUUUCACAUUGAGGGUUGUACGGUUAGAAAACCUAUAUAGCAGUGGUAUUAACUAUUGAUUGUCCAAAGUCUUACUUGAGUAUUUUUCCUCAUAUUAUUCAGGAAAUUGUAUCUAAGUCUGUAGUCUAUGGUAUUGAUUGCCCUUUUAUUCAUUUGGAAUGGAACUAGCAUCAUUUUUAAUCUUCAUCUCUCUCUCUCUCUCUCUCUCUUUUUAUAUAUAUACAUACAUCUUCAUUUUAAAGCAUUGUUUAGGCGGGUUUGCUCUGUUUCCUGUAAUUUAUUGUGGCUCAGGUAAACCUUUUAAUGGGGAGAGAGUCACCAGGGUUGCAGCUACCUUGGUUUGCUUUUAAGAAUCUCAGAUUUUUUCUUUUUCUUUGCUCUAAUGGUAAACCUAUUCUUUCAAUGAAUCAUCAGCUUUUGUGAUAUCAGUAGCAGAAUUUGAUCUCAAAUUCUUAAUACAACCAUCAAAUGGUUGGUUUUUAUCGAGGGUUACAAAUAGCUUA